ACCUCCAGUUUUAUUUCAAAAUGACAACCAUCGCCUUCAUCGUCUUCAUCAUGUUUGGAACUUUCUUCUCUAGGUGUAUUUGCUGUUUGGAUGACGAAUUUCGCAUUAUCGUGUUCAAAGAUCCAAUCCCGAAUAAGAAAAUGAAGAAUCAUUUAAUCAAAACUGAGGAUGUGCCUAAUGAGGGGAGCUGUCGUGUGUUGUGUUAUAUGGACCCCGACUGCGUGUCCAUCAAUCUGGGACCAUUUAUCCAAGGAAAACACAUAUGCCAGUUAAACAAUGCAACUGACAAAAGUCUCGCUAAUGUGCAAGGUUUUACGUACCUUGCCAUUGAGAACCCUUGUGAUAGCGGCCCAUGUUUAAAUGGAGGCACCUGCCAAGCUGGUUUCACAAGUAAAGGUUUUCGGUGUAUCUGUCCAGAAGAAUUCAGCGGAGGAGAAGUCUGCCAAGCUUUCAGAAAUUGCGCUGACAUCUUUAAAUCAGGCCAAAAAAGAGACGGUGUGUACAUCAUCAAACCUGACAACCAAUCAGCUUUUAAUGUCUUCUGCGACCAAACAACAGCUGGUGGAGGAUGGACGGUAUUCCAGAAAAGAAUCGACGGUUCCGUUGACUUCAACCUCAACUGGAGCGAUUAUAAGCGUGGCUUCGGAAAUCUUAGAGGCGAGUUUUGGCUUGGCUUGGACAGGAUUCAUCGCCUGACUUCAGAUAAUAACAGCAUGUUACGAGUAGACAUGGUGGACUUCGAAGGGAGAAGUGCUUAUGCCGAAUACAGCUCUUUUGGUGUCAGGAGUGAACAUGACAAGUACCGGUUGAUCCUUGGUUGUUAUGACACAUCAGGAACCGCUGGUGACUCCUUCUCUUACCAUCGUGGCUGGCCAUUUUCUACUCCGGAUGAAGAGAACGAUUUCAAACCCACUGGGAACUGUGCCCUUGAGUACCAAGGUGGCUGGUGGUUUAAGUGGUGUCACACGGCUUUUUUGAAUGGUCCUUACAUACGUGGGCAUAACCCUGAUCAUGGCGAAGGCAAUAUUUGGCAACAUUUUCGAGGUGUUCGUUACUCAUUGAAGAGCUCUCAGAUGAAAAUAAGACCUCGAGACUUUUAA